CUGUUAGUUAGCAUUUUAUCCACGUGGAUUUUACUUGUCGUUCUGAAAAGUGUGAGGCCCGUGAGGGCAGGAAUUGUGUAUUUUAUCUCUGUGUUCUUUCACCCAGCACAAGAUCUGUUUCACAGUACAUGCUACAUUCACAGUAAGUGACUGAUAACUAAGGGAACAAAUGCUUCCUCUUCCUCGAGAUCUGGUCCCUUUCUUUCCCAGACAGCGCUGUGUGAAAAGAAUAAGGGCAGAUCCUUGCUAUCUGGACACUUCUCUUCUCCAAGAAACACGUACUUAAUUUAGGAAGCCUAUAUUUCAGUAGGAAUUUUAACAAGUGCUGGAUAUACAGUGGAAAGCUAACAUACAUUUCCACGUUGGUGGGAGCUUAUAGUCUAUAAAGGUUUCAUAUGUGUGUGUAUAUGUAUGUGUGUGUGUGUAUAUAUAUGUAUUUUUAUAUAUAUAGUAUCCCCGUUUUCAGGACAAAAACCUGUAUGAGUCCGGGUUCUCCCAGUCUAUAUAUGUGUAUAUAUAUAUAUAUGUAUGUGUAUAUAUAUAUAUAUAUAUACACACACACAUAUAUUUAAUUUUUAUUAUAAGGAAUUGGUUUACAUGAUUAUGGAGGCUGAGAAACCCCAACCUCAACAGUCAACGAGCUCUAGACACUCGGGAGAGCUGAUAGUGUAAAUUCCAGUCUGAGUCCAAGUCUGAAAGCAGGAGAAGACCAGGGUCCCAGCUCAGAGGCCAUCGGGCAGGAGGAAUUCUUUCCUACUCAGUAGUGAGUCAGCCUUAUUGUUCUAUUCAGGCCUUCAGAAGGAUGAGACCUGUCCACACUGGGGAGGACAAUCUGCUUUACUCUACCAAUUAAAAUGUUAAUCUCAUCCAGAAACACCCUUAUAGAGACACCCAGAGUAAUGUGUGACCAGAUAUCUGGGCACCCGUGGACCAGUCAAAUUCACACACAAUUGACCAUCACAAGGGUAGACUAUCUUAAAUGAGGCAGGAUAGUGGGUGUUUGUGUGUGCUGACUGUAGAAUCCAGGAGUGAGUCCUGCUCCAUCACUUGUAGACUGAGAUCCUGGAAGUUAGUGAACUUGUCCAUGUCUCAGUUUAUUUAUCAUGAAUGUCUGGUUAACAAGAACCCCAUCUCCUGGGGGUGGGUGUGAAAACUGCUUGAAUUAAUACUGAGAACCAUUGGAUUUUAAGUAUUUCACAUAGCUAUUAUUAUUAAAUUAACAUCAAAACAGUCACAUGAAUAUUUUUACACACUCUUCACACAGGAUAUGGUACGAGUGGCUCUAGAUUUGAGCUUCCUGUUUAUAGCUGAGCCUCUGAUCUGCCUCCCCGAGGCUUCACUCCAGUCGCUUGAUUCUGUGGGGAGUCACACAUUUCCAGACACGUCUCUGGUUCUUUUACAAACAGCUCACCUUGUCCAUUAUGGAUGGGUUUUAUGUGCUUAACUCUUAUAGGAUGAUUCUUUUUCUUUAGUUCUUGGGGGUUAUCUCAUUGUUCCUAUGUGUAAAGACAAUACCGUAGAAGCAGCAUAAACCAGAUGUCAUAGAAAUUCAUGAGAGGAAAAGUCGUUGCUGGCUAGCAUGACCAGGGUGACCUGUCUGUGGAUGCCUAGGAGCUUAGUGAUCUGACCUGGAACUGGCUGUCAGAGGAAUGCCCAAAGGAUAUUUUAAUGAAGCUCAUUUAGACAGAGGACUCUUAAGAAAGUUUAGUCUGGAGUUACAUAGCAAUGAAGACUCUUUUUGAAGUUAGUGAUCCUUUUUAUAUGAAGUCAUACUCUUAGUUCUGUAGGAUGUAACUCUUUCCCAAGGUGCAUGUUUCUUGGCCCACAAGCGUUUGUUGCUGUCUACCAUGAAAAGGAUGCUAAGUGCUAGUUUCUGCUGCUAAGUUCUUCAGUUAAAAAAUGAAAAACCUCUUUUUUAAGACUUUCUAAAAACUCACCUUCUCUAAAAUCUUGCGGCCUGGUUCUUAAACUUUAUAGAAGAACCUAGGUCUUUGAGGCUGACAUACAUUAGAUAUGAAAAAAUAUGAGAUACAAGUGUUGCUGUAAACAAACUAACAAGUUAAAACUUUAAAACACUACCAAUUUAUUCUGGUUAAAUCAUUUUAAAUCAAUUUAAAAUUAAUUAACUAUGGAUUUUAAAAAGAAGAAGGAAAGGUAAGGCACAAAAUUCAGUCUUUCAAGUCUGGGGUGUACCACUUCCUAAAUUUUAUCAGCCUCCCUCAGUAUCACUUUAUUUCCUCCUGAAAUCUGGAUACAAUAUAUACUUCACAAGGUGUAUGGAGAACUUCUGAGGAAUAAAAAAUAUAGUAUAUAAAUGACUUGCCUAAUAGUAGGAAACACAGUGAGUACUUUUAAAAGUGUUUCAUUUAUCUAUUUAUUUGUAAAAACCUUUAUGUGGUAGUUAUAAGGUCUAACAUUAUACUAUAUUUGUAAACAUUUUACAGAAAAUUACUGUAGCUUUGAAUAAUUUACUCUCUAAGUCAAAGUCAAGAGAUACUGCAAGUCAGUUUUAUGUCAGUAAUCUGAAGGGAGUAUGUAAUCUAGACUUGGUGAUUAUGUUACAAAAUUAAAAUGAGGAAACUGAGUGAGAAAAUUUCUCAGGUUCCUCAAGUCUUUAAAAUUCAGAGCGUGAUUCACAGACCUGGGUUGUAUUAAGAGUUUCAAACAUUUGACCUUAAUACAGCUUUGUCUGCGGUUUUAGGAAUGACCACUAGAGGGCAGGAGACCCAAACUGAAGUCUGCACGCAGUUCACCACAACUGGAGAAUGUUAUUAGAAGAAAUAUUCUCAACCAAAAGGUCACAAUUUUUUAUCAUACAAUUAUUUUUCCCCAGUUGUAUUCCCUAAAUAAAUAAACCCAUCUGUACAGAGUCACAAAAUAUUUCCCAAGCUCGGGUGAAGCACAUUCUAAAUAGUAAUCUACUUGAUUUAUAAUUUGUGAGUUUUCUCUGUAUCUGUCUCUAAAUAAUCAAUAAUAAAAUAAUUAUUUCUAAAAUGACUUUCUAUAAAAAAUACAUUAGCCCUACAUUUUUGAACUGCUCAAAGAAAUAUAAAAGUGCCUUUUCUCACAUUGCUUCAAUUUAUGAACUAUUUUUGAAAAUUAAAAAAUUAUAUAUAUUGUAAAAAUAAUCCACUAAUAUCCACAGUGUUUUAAAUGAUCUCUUCCUCAUUGCUCCAUUCCAUAGGUAACACUGCUAAGUUUCUCAUACACUCCAAAAAUGUUCUCUGCAUACCAGGCAUAUCGAUGGAUAGAUAGAAGGAGCGUGUGCGUGUGGGCAUGCCCAGAGGAAACGGCUCCACACGGGAGGAGUGGGCAGGGAUCCCCAGGAUCUUAGGGGCUCUCAUUCCCAAAGCAAAGCCUAUGGGAGGAUUGAGCCCUGGCCUAGGAGUACGAAACCGUCCCUUCUCCUCUGGGCUCUGCCCACCUCCUGGGCCCUGGGCCAGUCCCUACCUCUCCUGGCUUCAGUUUCCCAUUUGUCCCAUGGGGGCUGCACAUGGAACUGCAUGAACCUGGCUCAGUGUGGAUGCUGCCCAGGCUCCUGCCCUGUGGGUGAGUGUGGCGGGGUCCUUCCGGGGCACAGGGGCCUCCUGUCCACAGUGACAGACAGCACCCACAAUACACCAAGGGUGCCCAGCUGGUCAGUACCACACGUCCCCACAGGCUGCUGCUCUGGGACCUCUGGGCCACCCCACUCCAGCCAGGAGGGCUGGAGACUUGGGACAUGAGAGUCACAGAAUACCCCCCACUCUACUGUCCUGGCCCCCAGAUUCCACCCCAGGGGUCAGUGCGAUGGAUGGCUGGGUCAGGGGUUCUGGAAGCAGCAGUGGACACAGUCUGGACAGGGAGAAGGUUAGGCCGCUCCUUCCCCCUCCUCCUCUACACCCCCGUCUCCCUGUCUUCUUUGGCAGGACCCUGGGACAUGAGGGCCAGCCUGUCCCUGGCCGCCCUGACUGGUAUGAGCGGUGGCACCACUGCUCAAGGUCACUCAGCUCUGAGUGACCAAGCCUAGCCCAAAUGAAGCUCUGAGAAGUCACGAAAUAAGCUUGCCAUCACAGGGUUGUGAUGUGGCCCCAGGUCAAUCUGACUUCAAAGGCUGUGCUGUGCACAGGAGCCCAGGAAGUGGCUUCUGAGCCCAUCUUUGGAGGUCUGCAGCUGAAUACAGCUCUCGACAUUGUACGGGAGCUGGUGCUGGAGCCAGCGCCACUCUGGAGAUGGCACUGGAGCUGCAAGAGGAGAAAAGAUCAACGUGACUGCCUUCCCAUGUGCCUUUCCAAAGACAGAACACCUCCCAGUGCCUUCUAGAGAAGCUGCAGCCCAGGACCCCACAAGAGGACGUCUUCCCAGACUGCAGGCCACCUGAUGGGUGGUCUGAGGCCAGUGUUUGCUCCUGGCCCUACACCAGCCCCUGGGGGCUCGCCCUUCAGUGGUCCAGUAGGGAUCCCUCCUCAUAUGCUCACAUGCACCCGUCCCUCGCCUCCUCACCCUUGGGCUCUGCCUCACUGGGCUCCUGGUCAUCCAGCUGGGUCAGGAGAAGGUGGGCACGGUGCUCCAGGUUCAAGCCAGGCAUGUUGAGCUGCACAUAAGCCACAAACUGCUUUAGGGCAGUCAAACGCACAGGCUGACAAAAAUCCUCUGGAUGCUGAUCCAGCCAGGUGCCCAGGAAGGAGCGGACCGUGUUGGAGGUAGGCAGGUGGGCAGCAGAGUCAGAGGCCUGGCCUUUCCUGCUCACACACCUGCAGCACCUGGGCUCUUGUGCCAGCUCCUGCCCAUCCAGAGGCCAGCCCCACUCCAGUGCACCCCCAUUUGGCUGUCCAGGCAGGGGCUACAAAGAGUGUCUACUGCAGGAGCCCAGAUCAAGGGUCUGACCCCUGUCCCCUUCCUCAGGGAAGCCUGACACACGUCUCUGUCCCUUUCCUCACAGGAAGGCAAAUUCCACAAAGGCAGGCAGGGGCUGUACCUGCUCCAUUCAUUGCACUGGCUGGUACACAGUAGGUGCUGCAGAAAUAUCUGAAGGAGGAGGGAACAUGCAGAGUGUGUCCUGCCCAGCCUUCACGGGCCAGCAUGGCACCUCAACCUGCAGCUCGUGCACCAACAUGCUCCCUUAUUCUCUGUGGCUAUGUGUGGGGCUCGUCUUCCCACCAACACUAUUCUCGGGAAUGGCAGGCACAGCCAGCCCCAGCCCCAGGUGCAGCUGGGCUCAGGGGACGGAGGUGCAAGGCCGAUGUGUGAGCAGGGUGCUCCCCACACAUCCUGUCCUGGGCCCCAGGAUCAGGGCAGAGGGCGAGCAGGGCUGGGAGGGGCUGUGGUGGGGAUAGAUUCUCUCAGGGGCCAGCUCUGAGCCCCCAGCCUCCCCUCUGCUCCCUGAGGCAGCUCUCUGACUCCUCUCCUGCAGGAGCAGACCCAGACCUGGGCCCUCUAGUGGGAAUCAAAGCAGGUAUGGAAGCCAGGGUCUGCCCAGGACCCCAGCCUCAGCCCUCAAAUGUCCCCCACUGUGGAGACAGGAGCCCGCUCUCUUGACCCAGAGCCCACUCACUUCUUUAGUAGUUCCUGGGAUCUGUCAUCCUUCUGACCAUGAGGGCAGAGCAAUCCAUAUCUCAAAGAGGCCAGCAGGGCGUCAUAUUGAACAUCCUGUGUCUUCUGCCUGCUCUGAUGUCUGGUGGGACUGGCUGACUCCCCGAGUUGAAUGGAAGCCCCAGAGGGCAGGGAGCUUUGUCUGCUCCGAUCAUUAAACUAGGCUAAGUGCCUAGAAAAGUACCUGUACCUACUGUGUGCACUUAAUAGAUAUACUGUUGACAGAAUGAACCUUCUCAGACAUCUGAGUGUACCUGGGGCCCCUCAGCCAGCCCCCAGGGAUUCCUGCUCUGGCUACACCCAGGAUGGGCUCCCCCACACAGAAUGUGAAACCUCCUUUACAAAUGGGAAACAGCUUUGCUGAAGGCCACGCGAUAGGUGAGGCUUGAGGCAGAGAGCUUCCUCACGGGGGAGAGGAAAAUCAUAAAUAAGGACAACCACAGCCCUUGGCAUCCCUUCCCACAGGGCCAGGCCCAGGGGCAGCACUGUCCAGGGCAUAUCCCAUUCACUUCUGGCAACAACCUAUGAGUUUGGUCCUCUUAGCAGCCCAGUUUUCACAUGAGCAAACUGAGGAUCAGAGAGGGGAAGUGACAAUCCCAAGACACACAGCUAGGAGGUGCCUGAGUGACCACUGUGCUGUAGAGGGGAGAAACACCUACUUUUUGAAGAGCAAACCAUGACGUGUUGGGUGCUGGCGAGGUUGCAGUAGGUGGACGGGCAGGUGAGGACACAGGCGCUUCUGCUCUGGAGGGCAGGCACCUGGUGCUCCACCAGCUUCUCCAGCCGGCCUGCCUUCAUGGUCUCCAGCCUGCAAGUCUCACCCAGGUUCAGGACUGACUGAUUCUGAUGCUGAGGCAGGACGAAGGAGGGACGGGCCAACAAUAUGAACAGUAGCAAAAUGCAAAAAUACCCAUGGCCGUAACGUGAAGAGAAAGCAGUAUAUAGAGAAUUUUCUCAGAUAUUUCCACACGUGCAUUAAAGUAAUUUUGCAAGUGGCCGGGGGUAGGGGCUGAUGGAUGGAGGCAGAGGAAGGGAGCAGCCCCCACUCCUUGGGAUUGGGAUGUGCCCACUCAAGGGCAAAGCCCUGUGUUUGUAAUCCCCAACCACCUGAUCCCACACGGGGUGGGAGUGCCUCAUGUUCCCCUGCAACACACACACACACACACACACACGGCCUCCCAGUCUCCCUGUCUGCACCACGGGGACCAUUCUAGCAUUUACUUCCUAAGGAUGUCAUCAGGCAUAUGAGAGAGAAGACCUAUGAAACUCGUAGGGUGAUAUAUAUGGUUAAUACACAAACUUAGAGAUGGGAGAACGACAAAAAGGAGGGGGACGUAGCACAGGAUACAACUCAAAACAGGCCUGGGUUCAUUUCCUAGUCUGUCUAUCCCAUGGGAGGGUUGAAAUGAAAUGAAAUUCAGAUAUUAUCCUCCUCUGGCAUCAAACUUCCAAUGACCUCUCAUAUUCAGAAUCAGGCCCAAGUGACUCAUCUCGGCCUAUGUGGUGGGCAGCCACAAUGGCCCCCAGAGACCUCUGUCUCCUGGUCCACAUGUGCUUGUGUAAUCCCUUCCUUGAGGGUGAAUUCAACUCAGUAACUGGCUUCUAACCAAUAGAAUAUGACAAAAGUAAUGGCUAUCACCUCCAAGAGGAUUUACAGAGUCUGACCUUCUGUCUUGCUUGCUUUCCUGUGCUUAUCCCCCCAGCACCUGGGUUCCCACUGCAAAGAAUCAAUAGAGGGCUCUGAUCAACGAUCAGCUGACUGAAAAGAACUGAGACUGUGGGUCCACAGUAACUCGUCAAUGAGCUCAAAAGCGCAUCCUGCCCCCGUGGAGGCUCAGAUGCUGUGCUCCCCGGGCGUCCUGCUGGGAGACCCGGUGCCCGCCCUGGUCCUGCCUGGGUAGCAACGCCUGGCGUGUGCGCACAUCCACUCCCCGACCUCCGACCUUCCUCCUCCAAGGAUGUGGGCGGGCCCACCGGCAACAGUUAACCGGCGCGUGGGCGCCACCAUCCAAUCCGGGCGUCAGCUGUGGGGGCGUCCCUCAGGAGCCAUGGGGCGGCCACAGAUGUCCUGAAGCAUGGAGACGGUAGAGAAGAUCCCUAUCUUGGGCUUGGGCACCUGGAAGAGAACACCUACUUCGUUUGUUGGAUGUAUUCCUGGGUGCUUGAUGGUCUGUUAUGCUAUUGGAAGUGACACUUCUCUGAAAUUAUGUUUUCAACUUGUUUGCUGUUGGUGCAUAGAAAAACAGUCGUCUUUGGAAGCAUUGCCUCUAGCUCGGUUACUUGCAGGCACGAAAAAUACCUGUGGUGUUUUCCCCAAGAGGCUCCGGGGGACGUGACGAAUGCCGUGAAGGUGGCCAUUGACGCCGGCUACCGACACUUCGACUGCGCCUCCUUCUACCACAACGAGACUGAGAUUGGAGUGGGGAUCCAGCUCAAGGUCAAGGAGGGCGUGGUAAAGCGGGAGGACCUGUUCAUUGUCAGUAAGCUCUGGUGCACCUGCCAUGAGAAGUCCCUGGUGGAAGCAGCAUGCACCCGGAGUCUCAGGGCCUUGAAGCUGAGCUACUUGGACCUCUACCUCAUGCACUGGCCCAUGGGUUUCCAGUCUGGGAGAAACGAGUUGCCCUUGGACCAAGAAGGCAUGGUUAUACCCAGCGACACGGACUUCCUGGACACGUGGGAGGCCAUGGAGGAGCUGGUGGAUGCAGGGCUGGUGAGAGCCAUCGGGGUGUCCAACUUCAACCACGAGCAGCUUGAGAGGCUGUUGAACAAACCCAACCUGAGGUUCAAGCCGGUGAACAACCAGAUCGAGUGCCACCCGUAUCUUACACAGAAGAAUCUCAUCAGUUUUUGCCAAUCCAGAGGUGUGUCCGUGACGGCUUACCUGCCCCUCGGUGGCUCCAGAAGGAUGCAGACGUGUUUGAUCUCACAGCGCCUGCCCUGUGCUCUUGGCUCUAGUGAGGGGGUGCACCUGCUGGAGGACCCUGUGAUUCAGAGGAUCGCAGAGAAGCACAGCAAGUCUUCAGCUCAGAUUUUGAUCCGGUUUCACAUCCAGAGGCACGUGAUAGUGAUUCCCAAGUCUGUCACCCAGACUUGGAUUCUUGAGAAUUUCCAGGUGUUUGACUUCGAAUUAUCAGAAGAGGAUAUGAAUGACAUGUUAGGCCUGGACAGGAAUCUCCGACUGGCGACGUUCCCCAUAGCUGGAAAUCACAAGGACUAUCCCUUCAACAUCGAGUACUGAGGGUGGCCCCCCUUGUCCUCCUCCUGCUCGGCCUAGGCCAACCCGCCCGUGUCCCAACCCCGUGUCCGUCCACCUUGGCACAGGGCCUGUGUCCCCGAGGCAGAGAAAGCCUUGGCCAGGGACGAGAGGGGCAGAGGUUGAUUCAGGUGGAUUCCCGGCUGGAAGAGAAGCCGAGUCCCCUGAGAAAUCCAAAGACUGGAGUGUGGUCUGUGACUGAGGGAGGACGUGUCCCUUGCGAGAGAAGUGACCCCUCUCCGUGGAGGACCCACACAGGCGUUAGGAAUCCUUUGAGCAUGCAGUAUCAUGGGAUUUUUACAAGAUGUACCGUGUGGCCUGAUGCUCAAAAUAAAAGAUAUUUGAUGACUCAUAAA